AUGAGUGGAAGCCAGCAUACUGUAAAAAAAUGCUUGAAGAUAGGACAUGUUUGUGAUAUGAAAAGGAAGAAUGACAAGAAUGCCAAAGUUUGGAAGCCUGUCACAACUAAACCAAAUCCUAGCCAACAAAUUCAGAAAUUGAAUCAUUCACAAAAAGGUGACAUAAACCAAUCCACUCAGGAAAAGGAAUACCCAAGGGAGAGCUCUGGUAUGAACACACCUUCCCCUGCUCAACAAGAUGAAGACUGGACUACCAUUACAACAACAAGUAAAGUGGACAUAGGAAGGAAAGGUACGACUCCCACACAUAAUAGCUCAUUUGUGAAAUAUCAUAAUUCUAUUACUCCCCUCAGGAUUGGAGAUUGUCCUAGGGGAGAAAACAAUUUUGACACAUGA